AUGACGAAUAUAAUAAAUGGUUAUAUACUGUAUCGACUGAUGGUCGAUAGAAACAACAAAAGCUCACAUCAGCGACGACACAGUUUAAUGCCUCUUUCAGAGGGGCAAAAAGCUUAUCAUUCUCAGUCACCACGCAGAUCACUUUUCGAACCGUUCUGCUUACCAGUAAUUCAGCAUGUACCUAUCAAACAGAGAUUAAGUUCCGUCGGACGAGAUAGCUCAAAUGCUGAUAUAUGCAGUGAUCUUGAUCCAACGCUGGUUGCUUCUUCUAAUCCAUACCUGUACCGCCGUCGACGAAUGUCGCUACUGCAAACUUUAAGAUAUCAGAAUAGGCUUCUGGCAGAUAGCGGGGUUGAAUGUCACAGUCAACAGUCUGAUCGAGGCAGUGAAGCAGCACGAGGUCAUCGGUCAAGUUACUCGUCACCAUUUCCAUCUUUAGAAGCAAAGGACUCAAGAAGAAGUUCUUCUAUCAUCAAAUUAAAGAAUAAGACAUUUGCAUUUUUUGGGAAGCGUUCGUCUAAACGAAGUCAAACUUGUGACGAACAAAUUUCCAGUAAUGGAUGUACAAAGUAUUGUCAGAGCAAUGAAAAUGAUCAUCCUAUUUAUUCUUCCAUUGAUUUAAGUGCAAAAGAAACUCGACAUGGCAAGUCACUGUCAACAAAUGAUAGCGGUCAUGAAAGUCAAGGACGAAUUGUUACCGAUGAGGAAUCUCAGGAUGAUAGGACUGCAUAUUUAGGUGUACGUUGUAGUGAGCGGCAGGAAACUGUGGCUGUAAUUGAACAGUCGUCGGGAAUUCAUUCCGAAGCAAGAAUAGGAGUAGGAGAUCAACACAAGUGUCCAAAUUUAAUAAGAAGCUCAUCUUGUCCUCAACUUGGAUUACAUCUACUAAUUUGUCAUGAAAUUUGUCAUCGAACAGCUUCAAAUCGUCAAGAAUUUGUACUAAUAGAUGACGUGGAUAGCGAGGAAGAUGAAAAUAGUGAAAUGCCUGUUUUCGAGAAUUCAUUUCUUACUGACAAGAAUCGAUCCAAUGAGAAUGUAACUAGCAGCACUCCAACAAAAUCAUUGCAAAGUAGUAGUUGUGAAGCAACAGAAUGUAUCAUUGAAAAAGAUGAAUUCAGAUAUGCGAUGAAAUUGCAUCGAGAUUGCAGUUUAAUUGAAAAUGGUGAAAAAAAUAAUAUCAGUGAAGAAAACUCUUUGUCACAACAACAAGAGCGGAAUCUGCAAUUCACAAAAAAACUGCAACAUUUGAGGUUAUCUAACGGUUAUGUGACUGAACAAUUUGCAUAUGUUUCACCAAGGUCUGGGAGAAAUUCUCCAAUGUUUCGUAUUUCUGCAGAAAUUAAGAAACAAGAGGAUAAAAAAGAGGACAAGAGAAGCCUAUCCACGGAAAGUUUUUUUCAAAGUGAAACGGGAAAAGAAAUACUGGACUGUUAUCCAGAGUUCGAUUCAUUCCCUUCCUUUUAUUCGGAUGAUGAAGAUGACGAUGAUGAUAAUUUAUCAUCAUUAAUGCUCGAUCAUUACCUGCCACCAAAAUACAGCUUCUCAAGCGAUGGAAAGGACGGUAGCCGUCGAUCAUCUUCUUUAUCAUCGCUCAUUACUUGUUCAGAUACCGAACAUGCAUCGUCAUCUGUGGAACGACAACGAAAUAGCAAAGUUGGAAUUGUAACGCAAACCGAUUUGAGUUUAGUUCAUAUUAGCGAUCAGCUUAGCUCUUAUCUUAAUGGCCUUACGCUUGAUAGCAGUACUCAUGAUGCAACUUUUUUCACGUAUCAGGGAAUGAAUUUCUUAGCGAAACAUUUCUUCGAGUAUCAGUCAUUGAACAAUCGGCCACACUACGCUGUACAAUUACACAAAUUGCCACCUUCGCAGGCUGGCGCUGAUCAGUCAGCAUCGUGGGCUCCGAAAUCAAUGAUCAAAGCAGGGAAGAACCAGGCUGCACCUGCAGCUCGUGCUAACCGUGCUAACACUGAACUGAAGCUCGGGACACAUCGAUAUGGACGGGCAGCCAGACAUGAAUUUCGAGAAUGGGGUGAUAAGCACGGAGAGUUAAAGGGUGAAAAACUGGCGCCACAUAAGGAUGCUUUAACCAAAUUCUUGUCAAAUGAAGAAAAUACACCACGGAAUUUGUUUGAUUGCGAAUUUGAGGAACGAAUUUUUCAAACAGAACCGGAAACUUUACCAGAAGUGUUAGCAAGAAGUAACAAAGCGGAUGAAAUCGAUUUGUCGCUCUCUUGUGCUGAUACUACCCCUGGUACAAAAUAUGAAACAGAAGUGCUAACCAUCCUAACAUAUGCGCCAAAUGUCCAAUUCGUGACAGCUACUGUCAAAAAGGCUAAACUAUUACCUUUCAAUAAUAAACCGUUUGCCCGAGUAAUGUUGUUCGACAAACGUCGUUUGUUGGAGCAAAAACAAACAACAGUGACACCAACACCUGUUUGUAGUAGAUGUCUCACCACUGAUUGUGCACGACAAAAACCACCUGCAUCGAGUCCCCCGUUGUCAUCCUUAUCAGCUGAUUGUUCUAAUGCGACGACGCUCAUAAUACGACGGACAGAUGCCAUUUUUUCCGAAUCCUUCUUGUUUCACGUCACUCCACAAAUGCUUGAUAGGUGUCAUAUCGUCAUCGAAAUGUUCGAUACUGAUCCGGCUGAUUGUAAUCGUGGACCGAUUCCAAUUGGACAUUGUGUGAUUGGACCGAUGUGCCCAGGAGCCGGAUGUGCUCAUUGGUUACAAAUGAUCCGGAAGACUGGCUUGCCAAUCUGCAUGUGGCAUCGCUUGUUUAAGAAUUAA